AUGGCGGCCACUUCCGUGUUGGCAUCGACGCCUGCUUUGGAGAAGCAAUGUGAAAAGGUCGGCCUCUCUGAUGAAUGGACCAAGGCGAUGAUCGCUGCGCAAGUUGACACCUUGUCCAAGGUCUCCUAUGCAGUCAGCUUACCAGGCACGCCCGCGACUGACACCAACAUCGAGGACUUUGCUGGCAAACUUCGACCAGGUGUCGCUCUCUCUUUGGGCGACAAUGCAGCACUUAAGCGCUUGGUCUUUGAAGCUCAGACACUUUGCAUCGCCGAGCUUCGGAGUUCGGUGCAGGUUGGUGAAGAUGCUCCACGCAAGCUGCCGGCUGCAGAACGUGCUCUGCGGAUAGAGCAGCAAGCAGCUCGCUUGAAGGGACUGCCUCUGGCCAAAGGUGCAUGGCAAUGUGCGCACAGCCUCUACGAUCGUUUUGCUCACAUGAGAGAGACCGAAGAGCUUCGCUUUGUCCCACCUGAUGAAUGCAUCACCCGGGAUCAGGAGUUGGCCGGCAGCAAGGCACCGAAGUCUGUGCAGCUGGAUGCAAGCAAGUCGGGCCUCAUCGUGAAGGAUGAGGAAAUCACCAAUACAAUGAACAUCACCUCAGAUCACGAGCUUUACCUGAGUUUCAUGAGGCGCGCCUUGGCCAUGGAUCUCGUGGGCCUCGCCAGCUUUGAUGUGAUGCAGAAGUGGAUCGAGCGUCUGUUCGAUGUGAUGAACCAGGAUCCACCUCCAAACUUCUCCCGGGUCUCUCGUGCCCAGGUCCUUCGUGCGGAUCGCCAAGUCUUCGUCGAGCUGGCCCGUAGAGCCAAUGGAGGGCUGAAAGCCCUCGCCGAUGGCUCGCUGCCACUGGAUGCAGAGUUUCGCAAUUUGCCGGGCAACACUGAGAUCAUUGCCCGAAAGCCAAUGAAGCUGCUGACGUUGCUACUUCUGCUGAGUGACUAUCAGCAGACCUGUGCACAGGCGACCUUGUGGCUGUCGCUGUUCCUACAUCGUCCACAGAUGAUGUCAAUUUUCCUUGAACUGUGCUUGUGGGUGCACAUUCGGUGUCCAUCUACUGUCUUCCCGAUUGCACACAAAGCCCACUUAAGCCCUUUGGGUGAUGAUGCUUCCGCUGUGUUGUCUUUGACCCGCCAACUCAUUAAACACUGCGACGACACCUCUACCCCUUGGUCCCUUGAGUGUCGUGAGCGAUCUCUGUUUUGGCAAGAUGAGUGGGCCAGCUCCCUGCCGUCCCUUACUGUCAACAUGUGCCAGUUUGGCCAUAUGCACCGCUCGCCUGUCAGGUUGGCCACUCGUCAUCCGGAAGCAUUCCGUCAUUUGGCUAUUCCAUGUCAGCAUGUGCAUGUGUCCACUGCCACAACCACCAAUCGUGUGCCUCCAGAGGCUGUUGCUGCCUUUUAUGAUGCUGUGGGGACUGCCAUUCUCGGGUUCUUGCGGUUCCCGCCCCUCGCUCCCGGCCCCGCUCCCUUGCAUUUGGCACAGGUGGCUGCCGGCUUGCAGCCCCGACGUUCGCACCUUUGCCUGGUGCCUGAGUUUAAGUGCAUUGCCAAUGUUCGCCUCCCGGAGCUGCCCCCUCUUCAGGACGGCAAACUGAAGCACGAGCUGGAUCCAAGCACUUACUCCCUGGUUCUCAACGGGGGAAGGAUGGCCAAGGAGCAAGUGAGUGCUGCAUCGUGUGUGGACACAAAUCAGGAUGUUUUCUCGCAUGAAGCUGAGCUGGCUGCCAGCCGUUUGGGCGAUGUGCCCACACGGGAGGAGCUCUUGAGCAUAUUUGCUUUGCAUGAUGCUGACCCUUCUAAACGCAUGGCCGGGAUUCGCGCGAGCGAAAAAUCUUGGUCAUCAGGUGCUUAUGCCAUGGGAGGCUGUGUCGGCGUCCGAAAGAAUGCUUCCAUGUUCCCUGUGUUCACCCGAGCACUGGUCCGGUUCCUCAGGCAUCAGAUCCCCGAUGCCAGGUUUUCAUGCGUUGCUAUCUUUUGCGAUAUGUUACAGGGCAUGCACAAAGAUAUGUGCAAUCAAGAGGGUACACUCAACUAUGGGGUUGCACUUUCGGACUUUUCGGAAGGGUUUGUGUGGGCUCACGACCCGGCGGGCAAAGUUCACAAGCACACGCCAUCAGGUAAGCUGCCGGGGGUGUUGCACGACAUUGCAAGAGCCCCGGUGCGCUUUGAUGCGAGAAAGUUUCAUUGCGUCAUGCCGUGGCAUGGACAAAGAGUCGUGGUUAUUGGCUACACACCGCAAAGAGGUUGUGCCCUCAGUGCCAAAGAGGUUCGUUAUCUGCUUAGCUUAGGCUUUCCGUUGCCGUGGGUCGACACGCCGUCUCCUACUGUGCCUCCAGUCCACGAUGCACCUGUCGAGCAACGCUUGGAAAAUGUCGCCGACUCUGGUCCCGUGCACUCUAAGCUACCUUGUGCUUCUGCGGCUGCAUGCGAUACCCACUUGUACACCUUCGGUGUUUACCACUCUGAAGCCGAGUUCGUCCGCAAGGCCGUGCAGGUGGGGCAUCCGAGGAGCCUCUAUGGUAGCUUGCCCCAAGCCAUGGAGGAGUGUAUCGAUGCGUUGCUUGUCAUGCCUGAGGCUUCAGUUGUCACUAAGCGUGCGGCAUGGCUUGCGCAUUGGACGGCUCGUGCCAAGGCCAUCCAGGAGAACCCCGAUCCUGAUUGGCACAUCCAAGAUCCUGCAAUGCGCGCUAUCCUUGGACGAAAGAGGCUGCAGCUGCUUGAUGAGAUCCUUUUAUCGGAGGGUUACGGCGAUUGCACACUAGCUAGGGACAUGCACCAUGGUUUUGACUUAGUGGGAGUGGCGCCGCCUUCUGGUGUGCUGCCUGGCAAGGUCACCCCUGCUUCUCUUGAGCCUGAGGCCCUUAGCGCCAAUGCGUGUCGUGCCAAUGAUGCCUUGCGUGCAAGUUUGCGUUCUUGUGGCGAUCUGGAGCUCGAUGAGAAGCUUUGGGAGAAGACCCUGCUGGAGGUCGAACAAGGAUGGUUGCAGGGACCGCUCGAGUGGUCUGACUUAGGCCCGGGGGAGAUAGCAUCACCCCGCUUUCCUUUGUUGCAGAAUGGCAAAGUGCGCCCGAUCGACGACUACUCUCGAUCUGGUGUCAAUAGUUGCGUAACCACACUUGAGCAGCCAACCGUGGACACUGCCGACGUGGCAGCCGCCAUGUUCAGCAAACUCUCGAACGGCUUGUUGCGCAAGGGGAGGUCUGGUGCUCUCCUAGGUAGGUCUUACGACUUGACAUCCGCAUAUCGACAGCUAUGUGUGUCGAGGGAGUCGUCACGUUUUGCCAUAGUGGCAGUGUUCUGCCCAAAGGAUGGGAAAUCAUACCUAUUUCGCCAGCCUUGCCUACCAUUUGGGUCGCGUGCAUCAGUCAAUGGUUUCAUUAGGUGCUCGAGGUGCAUCCAGUGGAUCGCACUCCGGUGCUUGCUUGUGCCGCUGACGUCCUAUUACGACGACUUCAUAUCUGCGUCAACAUGCACUCUUGCUGCCAACACCGACACGACCAUGGCGAUGCUGUUUCGCCUAUUGGGCUGGCAGUAUGAUGAGGUCGGUCCAAAGGCUGACGUUUUUAGUGACCGGGUUGAAGCCCUCGGAGUGGCCUUUGAUCUUUCCGAGACAUGUUCCGGUGUGGUCAUCGUGGACAAUACCCUCAGAAGGAAAGAUGCUCUAGACAGCCUAGUUAGCGAAGCACUUGCAAGGGGGACCCUCAAUCAUUCUCAAUCGCUCGAGAUGCGCGGCAAGCUGGCCUUCGCUGAUGCACAGGUCCUCGGUCACUCGGGGAAAUUUGCUCUGAAGUUGCUGUCUGCGCAUACCCAUGCGAUUCCUUUCAAGACGCGCAUUGCUGAUGACUUGAGCCGCGCUCUGAAGUACUUGAGACAAAGAAUCGUUGAGGGCUCUCCCCGGCGUGUGUUACCAACUGCCAAGGACACGUGGUUCCUUUUUACCGAUGCAUGUUUCCACGACGCUGGUGAUGGUGGUUUAGGCGGGGUGCUGGUGUCUUCCCUAGGUUCGGUGAAGUCGUGGUAUUGCCUUCCUUUGUCAGCCGAUGACAUCCAGCCUCUCAUUUCCCACACAGCCCGCACCGGGAUUGGCGAACUCGAGACAAUGGCGACCUUACUUGGCAUCCAGCUAUGGAGGGGCCAUCUACGGAGCACCAACGUGGUAGCUUUCAAUGACAACGAAGGUGCCAAGUUCGCCUUGGUCAAGGGUUACUCCAAAUCCAUGUCAGUCACCAGGAUUUGCCACGUGUGUGCGACUGUUUGUGAGACCGACAUGAUCAUGCCUUGGUUCUGUCGUGUUCCCUCAGCAUCCAACAUUGCCGAUCCGCCUUCACGCAGUAUGUCCUGCGAUGCCUUACCCGAAACCUUCAAGCUGCCCUGCGAUCAGGUGCGGCGCGCGUACCUUAGCUUGAGGGGUCGAGUCUGCAGUAUGCUCUCGUAG